UAAAAUUUGAAUUUAAUAUUAAUUGCAGAUGCAUAGUCAAGCAACCGCAUAGUUUUUUAGUUGAAGCUGUUCAAUAUACAAUACAAAAUGGCCGGUCUUGCAACAUAUUCUGAAAUUGAGUCCACCCUCCAGAAGAGGAUCAUGAUCUUUGAUGGAGGGAUGGGGACAAUGAUCCAGAACCUCCGUUUGGAAGAGGAGGACUUUUGUGGGGACAGGUUUAAAGAUCAUUCCAAACCACUGAAAGGGAAUAAUGAUCUUUUAUCAUUGACCAAACCCGAAAGUAUUUAUGAAAUACACAAGGCAUAUUUAGAAGCUGGUGCUGAUUUCAUUGAAACGAACACAUUCAGUGGAACAAGUAUUGCUCAAGCUGACUAUGCACUUGAACAUGUGGUGUACGAACUUAACUAUGAGUCGGCUAAAAUUGCCAAACGAGCUGCGAGAGAUGUCUCCAAUGCUACUGGGGUGAAGCGGUAUGUUGCUGGCAGUGUUGGACCAACCAAUAAAACUUUGUCUGUUUCACCAUCUGUGGAGAAACCUGAAUAUAGAAACAUAACCUUUGAUGAACUGGUGACUUCAUACUCUGAACAAGUGAGGGGUUUAUUGGAUGGAGGUGCAGAUGUUUUGUUGGUGGAAACUAUAUUCGAUACAGCUAAUGCAAAGGCCGGUUUGUUCGCCAUUCAAAGUGGUUUUGGAUGA